AUGCUGGUGCGCAUCAACACCCUCCUCCAGGGCUACUCUGGCAUCCGCUUCGAGAUCCUGGAGGCCAUCACCAACCUGCUCAACACCAGGGUCAGCCUGUGCUUGCUGCUCCGGGGCACCAUCACCGCAUCGGGCGACCUGGUCCUGCUCUCCUACAUCGCCGGCCUCAUCACAGGCCGCCCCAAUGCGCAGUCCACCACCGUCGACGGGAGGAAGGUGGACGCCACCGAGGCGUUCAAGAUUGCCGACAUCGAGGGUGGCUUCUUCAAGCUCAACCCCAAGGAAGGUCUCGCCAUCGUCAAUGGCACCUCCAUGGGAUCCGUGCUUACGGCCACCGUGAUGUACGACGCCAACGUCCUUACCAUCCUGUCCGAGGUCCUAUCCGCUGUCUUCUGUGAGGUCAUGAACGGCAAGCCCGAGUACACCGACCACCUCACCCACAAGCUCAAGCACCACCCGGGGUCCAUCGAGGCCGCCGCCAUCAUGGAGCACAUCCUGGACGGCAGCACCUUCAUGAAGCAAGCCAAGAAGGUGAACGAGUUGGACCCGCUGCUCAAGCCCAAGCAGGACAGGUACGCGCUCCGCACGUCGCCGCAGUGGCUAGGCCCCCAGAUCGAGGUCAUUUGCGCCGCCACCAAGUCCAUCGAGUGCGAGGUCAACUCCAUCAACGACAACCCGAUCAUCGACGUCCACCGCGGCAAGGCACUGCACGACGGCAACUUCUACGGCACGCUAAUCGGCGUGUCCAUGGACAACGCCCACCUCGCCAUCGCCAACAUCGGCAAGCUCAUGUUCGCGCAGUUCUCCGAGCUCGUCAAUGAGUUCUACAACAACGGGCUCACCUCCAACUUGGCCAAUAGCCGCAACCCCAGCCUAGACUAUGGCUUUAAGGGCACGGAGAUCGCCAUGGCCUCCUAUUGCACUGAGCUCCAGUACCUGGGCAACCCUAUCACCAACCACGUCCAGAGUGCGGAGCAGCACAACCAGGAUGUCAACUCUCUGGGCCUCGUCUCCGCUAGGAAGACCGCGGAGGUCAUUGACAUGCUAAAGCUCAUGUCGUCCACCUACAUCGUGGCGCUGUGCCAGGCCAUUGACUCGCGCCACCUCGAGGAGAACAUCAAGAUGUCGGUGAAGAACACGGUGACCCAGGUGACGAAGAAGGUGCUGACCAUGAACCCCUCUGGCGACCUCUCCUACGCGCGGGGUUUUGACGGACAAUCCUCCAUGACGGCAGAUACUCCAUCAGUGCAUGGGUUGGCCAAGGUUAUCCUAAGUCUGUGA